AUGAAAAUGUCAAGGGGUGGUGGCUGUGCCAUCUAUUCCAAGUGCCCCGUCCUCCCAGUCCUAAACCCCACCGUAAGUGAGGUUACAAGGUUCCUCCUUAGUACCGUCUGCUCGUCAAUGAGCUUGUCGAUAAUGUUGUUCAAUGCCCGCUCAUUACUCCCCAAAAUCCAUAACAUCCGAGCAAUUUUAGCCAUUUCUUGA